AUGUGCGGCUCGAUGGAUCUGAGUGAUAAAGGAUCAGGAAUUGAUGAACACCGUGUAUCUGUUUGCAUCUCAUUCGACAGUCCAAAUGCUGCAGCAGUUGCCCUGCGUUCACUUUCAGUGGAUCCUCCGCCUCCUAGAUCUACAGUGAAAGAGCAGCUAAAGCAGGACGCUUGUAAUCUCAUUUGUACGUUUUCAGCUCCUAUCACUCCUGAUAAUAAAAACCAACAGCUACGGAAGCUGCGAAUCGCCGUUAAUAGUUGGCUUGAUUUAGUGACUUUAGUUUCAGAAACAAUUAGUGCAUUUGGAACUAUUGAUGCUAACUUUUCAUCUUUACGUGCCAUUAAUGGCUUUUAA